GAUCGGUCUCACCUAUAGACCACCCCCGUCUCAUAAAUUGAUUGUCGCGAAAGGCAACGGUCCUUUUGUUUAGCCUUUCUUCAAUUACAAUCGAUUCCCUUAUCACGCAAUGGCAGAACCAGCAAUCAAAAUCGACGGUGAGGACGACGGAAAUCUGGUAGCUCCUAAUUUCCUCGAACUAGUCAAUGAAUUCUAUGGUCAACAGAUGCUUAUUUACGACCCUGCGUGGUGCAUGCCUGAGGACCUAUCUUUGGUGAACCCAUCCGAUUACCAUGUGUGCUACCCAGUGAUUGAUCAAGCUAAAUUAUACUCUGAGCAAGCACUUGUCAAUGCUGGUACCAAAAAAAAUCCGAAAUGGAUUAUAAAGCCAAGUCAUUGUCAGCACCCCAAGCAUCCUAUCUAUGCGGCCCUCGUGAAUGCAGCACAGUCAACGGUUGUUCCACGCCGUGGACGGCCGCCAAAAGGCUCGAAACCUACCGAGAUUGCUGAAACGGCUCAACUAAAGCGCUUGCCCAAGAGAUUGGAACCGGUGGUCGGUAUACAAGAUGCACAUGUAUGUUUAACUUGCUUACGGCGCUCGGAUGACGAUUUCGAAUACCAUAUGAAUCCAGAUUAUGUUCCGCCUACCUGUGGUGGCCGUACAGUACGAAGCAAGAGUGCUCAGCCUUCAUUGUAGUAAUUUGGCUAAUGCAAUAUGCUCCUAGCUCGAACGUAUAUUAUUCACAUAAUGUCUUAAUAGCUCCAAAUUAUAUGUGGCAUACGGACUUUGUCUACUUUAC